CAUCAGAGAAGUCACACAGGUGAGAAGCCAUUUCCAUGUUCUGAGUGUGGGAAAUGUUUUGCACGGAAAUCACAUCUUGUUACACAUCAGAGAAGUCACACAGGUGAGAAGCCAUUUCCAUGUUCUGAGUGUGGGAAAUGUUUUGCACACAAAUCAGAUCUUGUUAAACAUCAGAGAAGUCACACAGGUGCAAAGCCAUUUUCUUGUUCUGAGUGUGGGAAAUGUUUUACACAGAAAUCACAUCUUGUUAGACAUCAGCAAAGUCACACAGGUGAGAAUCCAUUUCCAUGCUGUGAGUGUGGGAAAUGUUUUGCACACAAAUCAGCUCUUGUUAUACAUCACAGAAGUCACACAGGUGAGAAGCCAUUUCCAUGUUCUGAGUGUGGAAAAUGUUUUGCACAAAAAUCAGAUCUUGUUAAACAUCAGAGAAGUCACACAGGUGAGAAGCCUCUUUCUUGCUCUGAGUGUGGUAAAUGUUUUACAUGGAAAUCACAACUUGUUAUACAUCAGAGAAGUCACACAGGUGAGAAGCCAUUUCCAUGUUCUGAGUGUGGGAAAUGUUUUGCACGGAAAUCACAUCUUGUUACACAUCAGAAAAGUCACACAGGUGAGAAGCCAUUUCCAUGCCCUGAAUGUGGGAAAUGUUUUGCACACAAAUCAGAUCUUAAUAGUCAUAACAGAAGUCACACAGGUGAGAAUCCAAUUACUUGCUCUGAGUGUGGGAAAUGUUUUGCACACAAAUCACAUCUUGUUACACAUCUGAGAAGUCACACAGGUGAGAAGCCAUUUCAAUGUUCUGAGUGUGGGAAAUGUUUUGCACACAAAUCAGAUCUUGUUAAGCAUCAGAGAAGUCACACAGGUGCAAAGCCAUUUUCUUGCUCUGAGUGUGGUAAAUGUUUUACACAGAAAUCACAUCUUGUUAGACAUCAGAGAAGUCACAAAGGUGAGAAGCCUCUUUCUUGCGCUGAGUGUGGGAAAGGUUUUACAUGGAAAUCACAACUUGUUAAACAUCACAGAAGUCACACAGGUGAGAAGCCAUUUCCAUGUUCUGAGUGUGGGAAAUGUUUUGCUGAGUCCUGGGACUCCUAUGAGUGA